ACGUGAUCGACGUAAUACAUUUGUCCAACUGUAAAUAGUGAUAUCCUAGAAAUUUCAGUUUAGGCAAAAUAUGUCAUUCCAUAAUUUUGUGUGCAAGUUAAUAUAUUAAAAUUAUUUCCACAAGUGGUUAAAUAUAUUUAUUUAUGAACUUCUCUGGGACGAGUGAACAGAUAUUAGUCGUUUUCGCGGAUUUUUACAUAUUUGUACAUAUUGUAAGCAGGUUUUUAUUGCUUUUCCAGGUAGUUACAGCCGUUGAAAAUGAACUGGGUUGGGGGUUCAAGGAAUUCUUUGAGAAGAGAAAAAUGCAACAGAGAUUGAAAAAUUUAGGAAUUACUCCGCCAACAUCCCCUCGAGGCACUAGUUGUGGCAGUAUGGACCUCCUGACUUUGUUCGUUGUCAACCAGAUUGCUGCUAAGAAAGAAAACAAAGAUCCUCCUAAGGUAGCAGUUCUUGGCAGCAGCAAAGGAUGGUCCAAGCACAAGAGAAAUGAGGCUCUGGUACUCCCGAUGAGCCCCUGCUCUCCAUCACAGCUGAAUCUUGAGAGCCAACCUCAGUAUAGUCUUCAAGGGACAAGACAGAGAAAACAUGUCAUUCCACAAGGGUUCAAGUAUCGACAGCUGUCACCGGUGUUUGAGUCAGCUUUCUCAGACAACAGUGCAUCUGACUACUUGCCUCCCAUAACCGAUCCUCUCAGCCCCUUCUCCUUCACGUCACCAGCGUCUUCAGGACAAGGCCAAACUGAACUGUUCUCCUCAGGAAUGUUCCCUCUGCAGCCGAGUCUCCAGCACAGAAGUCAGACGCAGGCACAGUUACCUCCACACUGCUCUCCUCCACCCUGGGGAAUCUCGGGGCGUGAGCAGACCAAGUUUCAGCCAUUCUCCCAGCCCAGAGAUAUGACAGGCUGUCUCCCCUGGUCCAAUGGAUCAAACCCACCCCUCUCCCACCUGGAAGCACCUCCAGCAGCCAGAGUUCUGUUUGGAAGCCCAAAGCCAGAUAACACAGAGGCCAGGAAGCAUGCAAGACAAGAGGUCACCUUCUGUCUCAACCAACCAGAGGACAGAGAGCCCAUGUUGGACUUCACUCUUAACCACUCAGACACUGAGGCAGACAUCUUCAGCGGCUUCAAUGCUGAAGAAUAUGAAAGAGAAGCUUCUCAUUUUGGGGGGCGAAAACAGAAGAUAUGUCUUAAUGAUGAAACACCAGCCAAAUCUUCAGCGCCACAAAUUGUCCCUGACUCACAGUGCAUGGGAGUGGAGCUCUCCAACUGCUCUGACAUGAACUGUUCACACCUUGAACACAGUGGCCCCAUGAAUGGCCGUGACUGUUCACCAAGUUUCUCUUGUAGAAGAGGUUACCUCAGUUCAGACUCAAAUAAUGAAGAAGAAUGCUGUGAGCCAAGUCUCCAUGAUGCCUCUUCAUAUAUGGACCAAGCCUGUUGUACAGAUGGCCUUAACUCAAACAUUGGCUCGCAGGGAAAUCCAAAACAAAGGCACUCUCAACCCAGGUUUUCCACCCCGCUCCUGAAACCCAAAAUGAACUUCAGAGAUGACCAGAAAGUUAGGGAGGAAGUGGCUGGUCCAAAUAAAGCCGUCAGAAGUAAAACCCACCAGAUGGGAAGCCACACAACUCAGUUUGAUUCUCCUCAGGCUCUGGCUCAAAGUCAGCCUGCAUUGACAUGCGAAUGCAAGAAAGCAACCAGCAAAACUCGAGAUGCAGGAACUCAAACAGCCAACGACCCCACGGCUGAGACCUGCGAUGCCUCGACUCAGUGCAGCUUUGCUGUAGACAGAGCAACCAAACCCACUGGGUUUAACUGGUGCCUUCCACCUGUUGAAGUGUCAGCACAGCAUCCAGCCACAGGGAGGCAGAGUGAUACUGCUGCAGAGCGAAAUGCACACACACCUUCACCAGGCAAGGCGAGGAGUGGAGGGAACCAUACGCCUUGGAACAAGAAGACACCCAGGGCUGCCUCCCUAUCCGGCAGCUUAAACAAAAUCACAGCUAACAAUGAUGUUGGCAAAGUGGUCAUACAGAGACCCGUAAACCCCUUUCAGGAUGCCCUGAGCAUGACUUAUGGCAGAGGUAUAUCAUUAAACUGAGAGUUCUGAGUGUGUCACCCCUUGUAAAAUGAGAUUCAAGAUUCAUUUUUCCAUAUUUUGUCCAUAUUUUCCAUAUUUUAUCCCAUUCCACAUUCCACUGACAAAGAAUGCAGGCAUUUGGUUAAAUAACCCUAUUUUCUACUCUUGUUUCUGAUGAGCGACAGCAGAUGAGAGAGGGCAACAAGAAAAUGGCCAUCUGUUGAAAGACUUCUCCACUGAAGAGAGGAAGGAGGAGGCCACGUCCGCCACCAGAGUUCACAGAAGAGAAGAGACCAAAACACUUCAGGAGGUAGCCGACAUUUUGCUCCUGCUCAAGCAAGUGGGGAAGUAGGGAUGGUAAGAAAAGAAGAAAGGAAGGCCAAUGAAUGAAGGCAGCAGGAAAUUUAAAAAUGAAAACAUGCCUGUUCUGUGCAUAUUUUUUACAUUCAGUGUGUUAUAAGCCACGCAGUGUUUGGUCAAAGUGGUACGACAGAGACAAAGUGAAAUAAAGCCCUGAAGCCUUA